GUGCGCCUCAACAAUAACAAAGGGAACAGUUGGGACCUCGGAAAGGCUCGGACAAAGUAACGAACUGUGUAGCUCCGAAUACAAAGGUCCAUGUACUUAAUUUCUUCUGCGAAGAAAACUUUUUUUUUAUAUAUAUUUUCUAAAAGAUACAAUCUACCUCAAAGUCUUAAGGAUUUAAUCACUAAAUAUCCGUCCUUUGCUGUUCACAUCUUUUCUUGCCGCAGGUGCCGACCACAGGCCUCCAACCAACCAUCCAAACGCAUACGACAAGAAAGUCCUUUGUAAUUUUGCACACGUCGAGGUGAGCUAUGACCAGACUUUGCACGGCUCCCCUCAGAUGAUAGACAUCCGUACCUUAUUGAAGCACUUUAGCACCUGCAGCUGAUGACCAAAGUGCCUGUUCCCCACCCUCACCCCGGGCCUCGCACCACUCAGCCCCCCCUUGGUCCUGCCGUACCCCACCAAGGAGUCCCAGUAUGUUCCAGAGGCUCACCAGCGUCCUGUUUGGGGGCGAUGUGGAGGAGGUGAGUGGGGGAGGCCCUGGAGAACAGGGCUUUGGCCAGAAGGAGGAGGAUGAAGAGUGGAUCCUGGUGGACUAUCUGGCCGAGGCCUGCUCCAGCCCCUGUGGUGACGGCCUGUCUGAGGUGGAACUGACUUCGGAGGAGGAGGGGGACCUUGUGGUAGUCCCCUCUCCCAUCGCCAGCUCCCCCAUCCGCUAUGCCUCCUGCACCUCCCUGGACUCCACCGCCGACACCGAGGAUGGGGGUCCCGAGGAGGAAGAGGGGGGUUUCCAGCGCCUGGAGGCCUGUUCUUUAGAGGAGAGCUGGUUCGUUACUCCCCCACCCUGCUUCGGCGGGGGGAGGAGGGGCAAGCCUAUGGUACUGGAGACCAGCCCCCUGGAGAACCUGCUGAUAGAACACCCCAGCAUGUCUGUGUACACCACCCACUGUCCCCCACGACUCUCCCUCAACCUCCCCCUCUCCCUCAACCUCAAUCUCUGCCUCCCCCCCGUUGACACACCUGUCGCUGUGGGCAUGGAACCGGGACGACGGUCGCUUGACACACCCUGCCACAGGCCAGAGACGGCAGUGCAGUGCAGAGCCGGCCUCCAUGCUGGCUGCUAUGCGGCUGCCGUCCCAGGCCUCCUAGACCAGGCACAGCAGCAUGGACGACUGGCCCAAAGGGUACGUGGCGCCGCCCAGCACCAGCUCCUCUCCCGCAAUGCCCUGCGCCGCCUCAACCUGCUGCGUACUGGAGGGGCCAAGCAGGUCAAGACCACCACCACCUAUCUACACCAGCCUGGCCAGAGGCAUCUCAACUACUGAGGUCCUGGCCCUAUCCCUUACCCUCCAACCAUCAAUUCAUCCAUCUGUCUCAACCUGGAUCCACGAAAAGAGUUCAUCCUGCAACAUGCUCUCCAUCUUCCCUCCAUCCACCGAUCCUCCACUCUGGAAUGAAGAGACGUGAUGAGGACUCCUUUAGAAUCAAUGCCAUAGGUCACUUUACUCCGCCGCAGGUCCCCACCACCACAUGGUAACUGGGAGAGUCUGGUUCAAUCAGAUAUUACACCUGUGGCGACACUCUCCGCUUUCACCCACUCUGCAAUGGUUGUGUGGUGUCAUAGUGUGGCUGUAUAUGCUGCCAUAGAAUGGUUGUGUGAUGUCAUUGAUUGAUAUCAUGGAGUUGCUUGUAUGCUGUCGUAGUGACAUUGUAAGUGAUGUCAUUGAGUUGUUGUAUGCUGUCAUAGAGUGGUUGUGUGCUAUCAGAAGAGGGUUUGUGGCUUAAUAUAAUGACUGUGAUGUCUUUAGAGUAGGAGUAGGCAUUUAGAAAAGGAGCAUGUCUUUCACUUGUAAUUAGGACAGUUUAACAAGGUUGUUUCUCAUGCCCCUCCAAUGAAAUUGCUUCCGCUCUCACUUCAUGGCAAACUAAUGUAAUUUGUCAUUCUGAUGGCCACAACUUACUUUUCAAAAUCAUCACCUCCCCUCUCUUGACUAUGGGUGAACCUGCCUUGAACUUAGUAAUUCAGUACUUUCACAAUAUUGUUUGAGAAAAUGAUGGUCAAAUACUGGGUUAAAUAUCACUAAACGCCUUGUUAUAAUAGUAGAAUUUAAGAUAAAAAUGUAUUUAAAAAAAAUUCCAUAAUAUUUUUUAAAAGAAAAAAAACGUAUAUUACAUAUCAGUAUGAAGUUAGUAUGAGUGUUUAUCUACAUAGGUAUGUUUGUAAGCAGCGGUUUGACUAUGUUAGUGUGUGAUUUGUUGCAUGGUUGUAUAGCGCUAGUCUCCAGAUGUUGAGAAAACAGAAGAAAAAAACUGUUUUUGUAUCUUCUCAUAUUGUUUGUUCUAAAUCUGCAGUCCACUUCUCAGGGUCAUAGCCAAUCACCUUUACACUUUACUAAAAUGCAGAUUACUUGACGGAUGUUAAUUGUCUUUGUACAUACUGGAGACCUUCCAAAUUUGUCAUAGUGUGCUUUGCCUUGUGGUAAUGUUUGUGAUUAAUGAUUGACCUUUUAAAAGAAUUGUGUGCGUCUCGAUAAAAUAGAAUUUGAACGUUUGCUUGUCCAAGGACUGUGAAAAUGAACUCCUACUCUCUCAAUCGACUGUUAUAACCCACCAAGAUGGAGUGAAACUAUUAGUCUUUUUAAUUUUAGUUUGUAUUUUUUUUCUGUGUACUUUCCAUUGUUUUGAGUUAGAUUUUUGACCUGCUCUUUAUUUGCUUAGUUACAUAACUUAGUAAUAUUAUGUUAAAAUGUCAACCAAAAAAGUAGCAGCAAACUCUAACCUUGCAAUAGUUUAUAUUACUAUUGUUUUUGCUUUUACAGUAUAUUCUUCUUUACUUUAACAAUGUUUGCAAAUUGGAGACUUUUGUGUUUUGAAAUGGUCAAGUUUGUGACAACAUGAAUCUGUGCACUGUAGUGGUAAGAAAGCACAGAGACAACUCAAACACCCAAAUAGCCUAUUUUAGUUUCACAGAACCUCUAAAAGUCAAGUAUCCAGGGCAAACUCAAUCAUUUACAUGACCUAAUAUUACGAUAACCUGAUAUUAUGACCUAAUAUCACCUGUUUCUUUGUACUUAUUGGGGGAAAUACACAGUACAUACAUACUCAGAUCUAUUUAGCAUGGUAGCAUUAAUAAGCAGUAAGGUGGUUUUGUCUCUAUCGUUGUAAACUGAUUUAUAGUGAAGUGAUUUAAGCCUAGCCAUUGUAUUUGUGUGUUUUUUAUUUUCAAAUUUCUCCGAUUGCAAAUCAUUUGACGUGUCAAUUUUUGUACUGCAUUGUUGUGACACGGGCAACAGGACGAAGGGAAUGGAGGAGAUGGCUAAGUCCUCAUUUUUAAUGUGUGAAGCUGGAAGGAGCCAUUUUGUUUUGUCCACGGCUGUCUGUCUGAGCUCUUUGAUAAUAACAGGGAUUUGUAUUUUAUUUUAUGCCUUGAAUUUGUUGUGGAUCACGUGCCUUCCAGGUUAAACAGUAUAAUGACAAUGCAUUAAUGAAGAACUUGAACUGUUGUCCAAAGGGACAACACAUACAAAAGAAAAUCAGCUAUGCACACAGGAGGUAGCUUCUCUUCGUGAACCACCCAGCCCAUGUACAGCUUUUAUACACAAAUGUAGCAAACCCGUUUUCUUCUGUGUGAAGAAAAUUUUGGUGGCAUUUUUUUUUUUACUACGUGUUAGACUUCUGCUUUGGUUUAGUUUACUGGAAUAAUACAGCACUUUGCCAAAAAAAGUGUAGGAAUUUGAGCGUUAACUGUUAUUUAUCUACUUAACUGAUUGCAUUAUUUGUAUUUUGGACAUAUGAGAGAUCAAUUCACUCUGUUUUUAUGGUCAGCAAAAUUUGCAAAUGAGAAUGUGGUAGUCUGUUCUAAAACUGUAAUACAUGCUCUGUUGUCAUGAUGUAAUCCACAGUCUACAAUAAAUGUUUUCAUACACAUA